CCUAAAUGUGUACAUCAUUGAUCAGUGAUUUCUUCUUCAUCUUUUCCAUUUUCCUUGAGUAAGUUAUGGUGGUGGAUUACUACAGUAAGCAGCUAUGGUGUUCACCUUUCUUACUCUUCUUCUUCUUAACAGCAAUAAUCAUGGAAGAAAUGAAAUUGAUAAUUUCUACUGCUAAUCAAAUUCCAACUACACUGGAAGGUCCAUUUCCACCAGUAACUCGUCGUUUCGAUUCUUCGUUGCGGCGAGGAAGCGAUGAUUUGCCCAUGGAUCAUCCUCGUCUCAGGAAGAGAGUUUCCCCCAUGUUUCCUGAACAAAUUUCUCUAGCUCUCUCUUCUCAACCCACUUCAAUCUGGGUCUCUUGGGUUACUGGUGAUGCUCAGAUUGGUUCCAAUGUAAUCCCACUUGAUCCAUCCACUGUUAAGAGUGAGGUCUGGUAUGGUACACAAAGUGGCAACUACCAAUUCUCACAAACAGGGAAAUCAGAAGUGUACAGCCAAUUGUACCCAUUUCAAGGUCUUCUCAACUAUACCUCUGGCAUCAUUCACCAUGUUAGGCUCCAAGGUCUUGAACCUGGGAAGAAAUAUUACUAUAAAUGUGGUGAUACUUCUUUAUCAGCAAUGAGCAAAGAGCAUACCUUUAAAACAUUACCCUUACCGUCGCCAAUCAACUAUCCUAGACGAAUAGCAGUGGUUGGAGACUUGGGGCUUACAAGCAAUUCAACGACAACUGUUGAUCAUAUGGUUAAGAAUGACCCUUCAAUGAUUUUGAUGCUUGGAGACUUAACUUAUGCAAAUCAGUACCGUACAACAGGAGGAAAAGGAGUUCCAUGCUUUUCAUGCGCGUUUCCAGAUGCGCCCAUUAGGGAAACUUAUCAACCCCGCUGGGACGGAUGGGGAAGGUUUAUGGAGCCCUUGAUCUCAAAAGUUCCAAUGAUGGUCAUUGGAGGCAAUCAUGAGAUUGAGACUCAGGCAGCUGGGAUCUCUUUCAAAUCAUAUUCGGCACGAUUUGCUGUUCCCUCUUAUGAGUCUGGCUCUGAUAGCAAUUUUUACUACUCGUUCAAUGCCGGAGGAAUUCAUUUUAUCAUGUUGGGAGCUUAUGUUGACUAUAAUACAACUGGUUCCCAACACACAUGGCUAAGAAAAGAUCUGGAACAAGUAGACCGCGAAGUGACACCUUGGUUAGUGGCUGCAUGGCAUCCACCUUGGUAUAAUAGCUACUCAUCACAUUACCAGGAAUUUGAAUGCAUGAGGCAAGAAAUGGAAGGACUUCUAUAUCAAUUUGGUGUUGACAUUGUCUUUUCUGGUCAUGUGCAUGCUUAUGAGCGGAUGAAUAGAAUGUAUAAUUACACGUUGGAUCCAUGUGGACCUGUUUACAUCAAUGUAGGAGAUGGUGGGAACAUUGAAAAAGUUGAUGUAGAGCACGCCGAUGACCCUGGAAAGUGUCCUUCACCAGGAGACAAUAUGCCGGAAUUUGGAGGUGUGUGUCAUUUGAAUAUCACUUCUGGUCCUGGUAAAGGUCAAUUCUGCUGGGACAAACAACCAGAGUGGAGUGCAUUCAGAGAGAGCAGCUUUGGGCAUGGAAUCCUAGAGGUUGUGAAUGACACAAAUGCCUUGUGGACAUGGCACAGAAAUCAGGAUGUUUACAAGGAGCAGAGUUCUGGUGAUCAAAUAUACAUAGUACGAGAACCUGAACGUUGCUGCGCAACCAUCAAAUAGAUUGUAAAUUACAAGCAGAUCUCUGAAGUCGAAAUAAAACCCAAACAGAAAAGGGUAUCGGGGACGUAAAAGGUUAACCCAAGUUGAAUAAGAUUUACACCACUUCAGAGCAAAAUAAUAUGAGAGGCUUUUGGAUAGUUUUUGUCUUUGAUUGCGGUCAUUUGUAUUGCAAGGGUGAAUGGUUACUGCUUUAAGCCGUGUUGAUGUUUGUUGUGUUUUUCAAUUUUCUGGGGACUGGGUCCAGCUUAUGUGAAAUAGUUAACCAAAAUAAUAUGAUUGGCAGAAUCUCUUUAACUUGGAACGAUUCAGCUUUUGCUGCAGAUGCGCUUAAAUUUAUCAGACAGCAUAGUGAAAUUUCAGAUACUA